UUUGAGGGCCUGACUCCGAAGUCUCCCCGGAAAGAGAUUUGGGAGCCCUAUCUUUGGUCGGAGGGAGAAGACUCCCGGGCCCUGGGCUGGCGGCACAGGGUGGAGGGGGUGGUGCCCGUAUUACUGAGCCUUGAGGGAGCAGGGAGCUGGAGGUUCUGAACUCCCUCAUCCGGGGGGAGGAAAGGAAGCAGAUUGCCUUGCCACCAGCAGAGUGACAUCCGCUAUUGCUGCCUCUCUACUCCCCCCACUGUUCCUCAGGACUUCUGUGGACCAAAGCCCUGUACCAGACCCCUUCCCGCCCCCAGCCCACCAUGGCCCCUCCAGGCGGCAUCCUGUUCCUGCUUUUGCUCCCAGUGGCUGCAGCGCAGAUGACCUCAGGUUCCUGUUCCGGAUGUGGGCCCCUCUCCCUGCCACUCCUGGCAGGCCUCGUGGCCGCUGAUGCGGUUGUGUCACUGUUAAUCGUGGUGGGGGUAUUUGUGUGUGGGCGCCCACGCAGCAGGCCCACCCAAGAAGACGGCAAAAUCUACAUCAACAUGCCGGGCAGGGGCUGACCCCGCUGUAAGCCGUUACCUGCAACCUUUGACUCCUGACCCUCCCAUCCCAGAUUGUGCGUGGUGGCACAGGAAACUGGCCCCUCUUGGGGAUUGGAAUAAAGUCUUUGAAAUACC